UGUAUAGCAGUUCCUACAUGCGUAGCUCCUAGAUGAUAAAACGUUCGCUGCACCAUCUGAAGUGAAACAAUUACACGCUCAGAAGUUAGUUGUGAGACACGUCUUUUGUAUAGGUGCCAUUAGUUGUUGUGUCAGAAAUAGAAGUUGUAUGAGUAAUAACUAAUAGCAAUACAACAUCACUACUUCCACCUACAACCCCUCCACAAGAUUAUAGAACAAAAUGACGUCCUCACCAAAUUUCGCAUCGAAGCGUCGGAUUCAUGCGACAAAGAAUGGCCGCCUCGUUGGCUAUCGUAUUGUGGAAUCCCCCAAUGAUGAUGAGCCUGCAUCGACUUGUUCUCCUACUGUCACUACAAGGUUGUCUUAUGAGACCACUGCAGAGUCUUUGACUUCCGCCAUCACAUCUGCAAAUGGGGAGAAAGCAUCGACGUCUGCUGCGACCACGCCGUCUUAUGAGAAGAAAGCGACCACAUUAAACGAGAAGAGAAAAUCAGCUGUCCUCAUAUUUCACCCUAUGGGCGCCAGUGCCCAUGUCGUGGAUUUUUUUGCUCCGACGUGGCUGAAAAAGGUCGAUUCGAGUCAUGUUCUCCUGUCUGUAGAUAGACCCGGAGCUGGAGAUACCAGUUGGGAGACACCGCCUCUCAAUAAUGCAGUGGGAAGUUUCGCUGCUAAGGCGGAAAAAAGGAGAAGCUCUUUCGAGGACAAUUUGAAGUACGACUUUUCGUCAGGGAGUACAACCGUCUAUGGGCACCUCGUGAGACAUGCUGAAGAUUGCCUCAGUGUCUUGCUAGCGGAAAAGGUCACGGAGGUGAAGGUCAUAGCCAUCUGUCUUGGGCACGCGUACAUGACCUACUUUCUGCUGUUCCUCCAGUCUCAACGAUCUCGAAAGUCUCCUGGGCGUCAGCUUUUAAGGUGUACAAAAAAAUAAAAGCUCGCUACAGAAGGAGGACUUUUUGAAGGACUGGAGCUGCCCUAGGACUUUUGGAGGACUGGAGAGCUGCCCUAGGACUCUAAAUAAUCUGAAACCUUUACCUGAGCGAUUCUUUUAUGCUAAUUUAAUUAGGUUCCUUUCCAAGUGAAUUUGUAAAAUAUACCGCGGGCGGAACCGAGCACUUCUCUGAGGCACGCACAGGCUUCGGCCGCCUUAGAUGAGAAGACCUCCAGGGCAGUUGGACGACAGACGGCGCCUAGAAUAACCGGAUCCUAAACUAGAUGGCCAAAAUUUUUGUUAGUCCUAUUGUAUAUACCUUUACCUUUUUCUAUCUUUCCUAGGUAGGUUGGCUCCAGCACAAAUAUACCUCUACUUCCUUAGUGUACUCACCUACACUCUAAAAUAUACUGAAGCAACGUUGAUGCCGAGAGUGACAGAUGUGACGCUGCUAGCGCCGUUCGUAUCAGCUGCUUGCGCGGACACGCUGAGGCAAGCCCGUUGGGCUAGCUACCUACCUUCGCCGGUGCUGCACGUCGGCACGAGUUUGCUUGGUGGUUUGCAACGUUCUGUUAUUCCUAUCGCCUUCGGGGCCUUCGGAGGCGAAUUUUUGUUAUGUCUAGUUUGCCCAACUUUGUCUUUUUUCAACAUAGGUCUCUCCAGACCUAAUAGAGCAUCUUGGAUAUCAUGUCUACAGAACCGUAUAUUAGAGGAUCUUCUAUUCGUAGUCUUCGUACAUUCUAAUGAUCUUCCGCUGUCUGUUUUGGAGAAAGGAGCGCGAACGAUUCACUUGUAGUUCCGAAAACUCUACUCUAUCGACAUCAACAACUGCCGCGAAGAAGCUUCCUGGUCCGGGUACCGUACUAGAAGCCAUGCAAUUGGCCUCGCGUCGUUGUAUGGGGACUGAGAUGAAAGUGGGCGCAGACCGAGGCUGGCACAGAGGAUGCGAAGAGCUAGCUGACGUUCUCGCGGAGAGUCGGGAUGAGAGCAAGAAUUCAAAACCAUCUGAAAAAAAACCAUCUCCUGAAGAUGAGAAGAACUCCUCUAGUAUAUCAUCAACCUGCGACGAACAAAAACAAUCUAGCAGGUGGGAAAAAAAAGAGGACUGGUGCAGUGCUUCAACAUGCUGUUCUACACCUCCAACACCCUCUACCUCAGCAACCUCUACUCCAACGACCUCUACUCUAUUAGCCUCUACUCUAUCAGCCUCUCCUCCAACGACCUCUACUCUAUCAGCCUCUACUCUAUCAGCCUCUACUCUAUCAGCCUCUACUCUAUCAGCCUCUACUCCAACACCCUCUACUAUGAUACCACCACCUUCCUCUUGGCGCCUGAUCUACAGUGAGGAAGAUAAGAUAUGUCCCGCAAAAGCAGUUCUCUGGUUAGCCCGAGAGGUGUACAAGAUGCCUGAAGCACAUAUCGAGCAAAGUGUUAUCAAGGAAGCCUCACACGACGCACUCAUUUGCGGUGGCGAUAUCGAUGGCUCCGUGUUUCGACAGGUUCUGGAAGGGUGGGGGAUCAUACGGAGUUGCUGAGAUCGAUGUCGGGGAGAUCAGGAUCAGAGAUUGAGUGAUGUGGGACUUAAUGCGUGAUUUCUGACGAAAGAAUCUGAUGAAAAAUUAUUAUCGAAAUUCCAAUUUCUUCGUGAAUAAACUACACGCUCGUUUUCUUGUCGUGUGCUAGUUCUAAAAGAUUUCGACUUGGAUAUGACUUUCGACCUGGCUCAUCAGAUCCAGCAUUUUGAGUAACUACAAUGUCAGUUUUACCAGCGUCACAUAAAAUGAACACGAGUGGGGGCAGCUGUGUGACUGGUCUCCACUUGAUGAAACCUGAUUUAGCUAAACGAGCCUGAUGAUCAAGUAGCCUUAUGGUCAGUACGUUUGUGCAUAUGAUCUGGAUUUGAGAUAGAGACCUUGGCAUGCACGAAAUAACACCGAUAAUUCGCGGAAGCAUUUUAACGGAACCGUAGAUAGAAUAUCUACUUCUUCUUGG